ACUAGGAUACUGUGUCCCCUAGAAAUGUCAGAGCUCAUUUGGGAGAAAAAGAUAUAUCAUCAAAAAUGAGCAUGGCAAUGUAUUUAGCAGAAUUUAUGUAUUUGUGCCUGCAGCAAAAUAAAUGUGAUUUAUUGGAAAAUCUUCAAGUAAAUCAAGACUAGAGCUAUUUAAAGAAAAUUACAUAUAUAUAUUUCUUUUUUCCCUCUCCCUUUAAGUCUAGAGACUGAGUCUCUGUUUUUACCCCCUUAAAGGCAUAAUUUCCUAGGGUCCUGUAAUUUAACCACAGAAAAAGAAUGGCUUAUCCCAUGGCAGUUGGCUCUGAAGCAAUCACAAGGUUGUUUACAUGGACUGUCUUUGCUGCAGAGCCUGACAGUGUCUUUACAGCAGCCCUGCCUGCUUUGGUGUGUUGACAAUAACUUUUAUGAACAAACUGGAUAGAGUCAGGCUAAGUCCUAUGGGACAGGCCACAGUUCAGACUGAAGGAAAUUGGGUCUAAGUGCACCAGGCAUUGCCAACCCAAUAUCCAAUUUCUCCCUCUGUCCCUAGUCUGCUAGUUGUCAGACCCUGAAAGACCUCACAGAAUGCUGAUCCAUGUAUUAAAAUGGUUGCAGGAAAGGCCUGCAUUUGUCUCAGAGAGGCUUCUGUAAAUUUUCUGCCUUGGGUGAAUUUUUGUGUUAUAAAUAUAGACAGUGAUGCUCAUGCCCAUGAAUGAGCUCGCAAGCUUCCGACUCCACUUUGGAGCCAUUGGAUUAUUGGGGCCGGACAGUUUGGAUGUAGCAGUUUUGCUGUCUCUGGCUAGCUUGAGAAACACCAACAGCAGGACCACCUCAGAUCUUUGUUAUGGCAACUCAGGCAAGAAGCUGUUGAAUUAGACCCAUUUCCUGUAGAUGAGAAACCAUACAAGCAGUGGUAUUUAUGAGCCUCCAUUUAUUGUACUACUGCAGUGAACCAACCUUGGAUGUGAAAAUUGCCUUUUGUCAGGUGUGUGUUCCUUACAGGUAAAACAAGGGAUUCGAUAAACAAGUGGAUGUGUCAUAUAUUGCCAAACAUUACAACAUGAGCAAAAGCAAAGUUGACAACCAGUUCUACAGCGUGGAAGUGGGAGACUCAACCUUCACAGUUCUCAAGCGCUACCAGAAUCUAAAGCCUAUUGGCUCUGGGGCUCAGGGAAUAGUUUGUGCUGCGUAUGAUGCUGCUCUUGACAGAAAUGUGGCCAUUAAGAAGCUCAGCAGACCCUUUCAGAACCAAACGCAUGCCAAGAGAGCUUACCGGGAGCUGGUCCUCAUGAAGUGUGUGAACCAUAAAAACAUUAUUAGUUUAUUAAAUGUCUUCACACCCCAGAAAACGCUGGAGGAGUUCCAAGAUGUUUACUUAGUAAUGGAACUGAUGGAUGCCAACUUGUGUCAGGUGAUUCAGAUGGAGUUAGACCACGAGCGAAUGUCUUACCUGCUAUACCAAAUGUUGUGUGGCAUCAAGCACCUUCACUCUGCUGGAAUUAUUCACAGGGACUUGAAACCAAGUAACAUUGUAGUCAAGUCUGAUUGUACAUUGAAAAUCCUAGACUUUGGACUGGCCAGGACAGCAGGCACAAGCUUCAUGAUGACUCCUUAUGUGGUGACACGUUAUUACAGGGCCCCCGAGGUUAUUCUGGGAAUGGGCUACAAGGAGAACGUGGAUAUAUGGUCUGUGGGAUGCAUUAUGGGAGAAAUGGUUCGCCACAAAAUCCUCUUUCCAGGAAGGGACUAUAUUGACCAGUGGAACAAGGUAAUUGAGCAACUAGGAACACCAUGCCCAGAAUUCAUGAAGAAAUUGCAACCCACAGUAAGAAACUAUGUGGAGAAUCGGCCCAAGUAUGCAGGACUCACCUUCCCCAAGCUCUUUCCAGAUUCCCUCUUCCCAGCGGACUCUGAGCACAAUAAACUCAAAGCCAGCCAAGCCAGGGACUUGUUGUCAAAGAUGCUAGUGAUUGACCCAGCAAAAAGGAUAUCAGUGGACGACGCCUUACAGCAUCCGUACAUCAAUGUGUGGUAUGAUCCUGCCGAAGUGGAGGCGCCCCCACCCCAGAUAUACGACAAACAGCUGGAUGAAAGAGAACACACCAUUGAAGAAUGGAAAGAACUUAUUUACAAGGAAGUCAUGAAUUCAGAAGAAAAGACUAAGAAUGGUGUUGUGAAAGGACAGCCUUCUCCUUCAGGUGCAGCAGUGAACACCAGUGAGAGUCUCCCUCCAUCCUCGUCUGUCAACGAUAUCUCCUCCAUGUCCACCGACCAGACCCUGGCAUCUGACACUGACAGCAGCCUGGAAGCCUCGGCAGGACCCCUGGGUUGUUGCAGGUGACUAGCCGCCUGCCUGCGAAACCCAGCGUUCUUCAGGAGAUGAUGUGAUGGAACACACACACACAGACACUCACGCACACACACAAACACAGACAUGCAACGACAAGAAAACAGCAAGGGAGAGAAUCCAAGCCUAAAAUUGAAACAAAUCUUUCAGCCUGCUUCUUCUCCAGAGUUCUGUAUUGCAGCUAAGCCAAAUGUAUAUUUAACUUCUAGUUGCUCUUGCUUUGGUCUUCUUCUAACGAUGCUUACUACAGAAAGCAAAUCAAACACAAUUAGAGAAGCCUUUUCCAUAAAGUGUAAUUUUAAUGGCUGCAGAACCAGCGACCUAUAACUGCCCUUUCAAAUGGCAUGACAAGGUGUGCAGUGGUCCCAUCCAGCAUGUGUGUGUCUCUAUCUUGCAUCUACCUGCUCCUUUUGGCCUAGUCAGAUGGAUGUAGAUACAGAUCCGCAUGUGUCUGUAUUCAUACAGCAUACUUACUUAGAGAUGCUACUGUCCGUGUCCUCAGGGCUCUACCAAGACAUCACGCACUGGGGUACCACAUGGUCCAUUUCAUGUGAUCUAUUACUCUGACAUAAACCCAUCUGUAAUAUAUUGCCAGUAUAUAAGCUAUUUAGUUUGUUAAUUGAUUAAGCUGUAUGUCUUACAAGAAAACAUGUAAAGGGGGGAACAUGGGGGGAGUGAGCUCUCUUGGACCCUUGAAGAUGUAGCUUCCAAAUUUGAACUGAUUAAAUGGCACCUGUAUACCAAUUUCUAGAAAGAACAUAUGUGAUGCUUAUGUACAGUGUGGGGUGGGAGGGGGUAACAGUUUCCAGGUGCUAAAUGUGUUUUGACCUUUAGAAGGAAGGCAGGAAUAAAGGCUGAGGGUCUUUUCUCUGAUAGAGAGUGGUGGGGCAGUGCGGAGGAAGGCCUGAAGGAGAUUAUUAGCCAGAUACUAGGAGACACCGACAUUCAUAUUUUAGAAAGGAGACCCCAUUUGCUGUUUACAAAUUAUGUGUCACAACUGUCAGGUGAAGAGGCAGGGUUAGUGUGUACAUAUCUGAUGGUAAGAACCCUUCCCUGAAACAGAGUGGAAUUGCUUCCGUACGGUAUCCCUAUGAGCCUACAUAGGCUAUUUUUAGAUUGUAGGUUGUGUUUUCCAUGAGUGUGCUACUUUCCAGGUUUAUACCUUGCCAAGGUCUUAUUUAGAGAAGAAAUAUUACUGCCCUCUUCUAGAAUUAAAAAAAGAAAUUACUUAAAAAAUACCCAAAGCCCAGGGUGAUCCUCAGGUUAGCCUUUGAAAACAUUUCCACAGACAUUCCUCAGGGGUUUCCGCGACUCCUUAAUAUGGCUGAUGUUUCAUGUUUAUUUGUUUAUUUCAUACAUUUCAACAAUCCAAGAAGGGCUGAUCAUCUGAGUUUUGUACCGCAGGUGACAUGACAGCAAUAACUCUGCCCAUAAGUUACUGCUGCUAAGUAGCUUUAGCAAUAGAGUGUCUUAAAAGCCAUGAAGCAUUUAUGUCAAUGUUUAGCAAAAUCUCCUGAAUUUAGCUCAAAUUAAAUGAAAGUGCUUUCCUGGGCACUUAAGGAGGCACUGUGAAACAUCCUGGUUCUAUACAAGGCGAUACCAGGGUGACUUCUCAGCAAUAAUAGGGACCAGGUCGAGGCUUCUCUUCUUAUUCACUUUGGUGAAGUAUUCAUCACAGCUCUUUGCACUCUGACCAUUUUGGUGCUCACCAGUGCGGUGGUAUUUCACCUGAAGAAGAAGUGAAACGCAUGGGAUGGGUGGUUGAUAUGUGUGAGAUGACUGGCAAAUGGAAUCCCUUUGAAAACAGAGCAGACAAGAAUGCCAGUGCUCUGAAAACUGCCUUAAACACAACAGUAGGAAAGCUGUGUCUCUUUUCAAGCAAUAGAGUCAACCCUGACCAUCGCCAUGGGAGCAAUGCUGCCAUUUAUGGUAUUGCUUCACACAGUAGGAUUCAUGACAAGAGGUCAUUUGUUUCAAAUGGAGAGAAAAAACGUUAGACUGUGCCGCUUGUCUCCUGGAAUAGCAGGGGCCCAGUUUCUCUAUCUUGCUGCCAGAGUUUUUGAUUAAUAUUGCAGACAACCUGAUUUUAAAAAUGCUUCCCCAAUCACAUGAGCUUUCUCACUUUUCUUUCUGUCACACUCCCCCAACCCCCUUUCCCCCUUUUUAAAGCUUCUCUUCUCUGUAUUCCCUUUUCUUUGCUUAUCUUCUUUCUCCAUGCUCUUCUCUUGCUAUACCUGUGGCCUUUCCACUCCCGGCUCUUUAACCACACAGGAUUGAGUGCAGAGAGCAGGCAGCUGUUGAAAUAGAGUCACAAGGGAAAUUUCAUCAGCCACAAAAUGACAUCAGAAAACAGAAGAAAAUCUCCAGCCAGCAUCUUAGAACUGCUUGAGAGUUAGACUCUCUCAUGUCUGCGGAAGUGAUUUUUUUUUUUUCAAUCAGAUGAAACAAGGCAAGAACUAGCCAAUGCCCCUCCCCUGCUAUUGCCACCUUCCCUAAACUCUACUAGUCUGAUCUCUCCUGUUGUAUGGCUCUUGGGGGCUGAUUCCCUUUAGCCAGAACUCCCUAUGGACAAGAAAAAAUGAAACAAAUCUUUCAUAGUGAAAUAUCAUGUACAAAUUGAGCUAAGGGUUAGCUUCUUGACUGCUUAUAGAGUUAAUUUUCCUAGGUUGUCAAAGCAAGACAGGUGAUGGGCCAAGAAAGAGAAUAAUCAUUUCAAAACCCCGCUGGUCCUUCACAAUCUUGGGUCCAUUUUAUUAUAGUAUCUUCAGGAGGUGAUUAUGUUAUUACCAAAUUCAGAGAAUAUACUAUGUUCUGCACUGAGUCUUCUUUUCUUAAAAAAAAACCAAAUGUUUCCUGUAUAGUCACCUAUUACUUCCAAAGGACUCUCUUGCUUUUCAGGCAGGGAAGUGUCAAGUCACCUGGUCUAUAUUCUUGGAAAAAGUGAAGGUCCUGCCUGUAGUUGGGGGCUUCCUUUCAGAAUGUGAAAUUGGCACACUGAGAGGCCUAACCUGUCACUUCCUAUAGGGCAAGUAGUUUCACAGCAAUCCUUAAAGAAGUGUUUUAUAGUAUUUUGUAGGAGGGAUAGCUGUAUGCCUAUGCACAGGAGGAACUAGAUUGUUGGGAGAUCUUGGCAAAACCACCACUACCAGUUUGAUUUUUUUAUAUGUAUUUUGUGGGCCAAUGUGUUAAAAAGAGAUACAUUGGCCUUACAACCAAAUUUCUUCUUGUGGAAUAAAAACUGAUAAUAAUCUUGCAUCUUCAAGAAUCUGAUGACUGAGCUUUGAGGGAAUGUACCCCACAGGUGGACCAGAGUCUGGUCAGUUCCCUCCAAUUGGAGUAAACUAUUUAAUUGAGGGCCAAGGAGCUGGAUAGUUUUUUUCUCAAUCUUUUAUCAUUAUCAGAAAAUUAUUACCUGUGGAUACUGAUAGCAGCUGACUGAUAAAUCCGAAAAUAGGCCUUGGCAAAUGGAAUAAAUAGAAUAGGUGAGAUUACAUAAAGCCUUUUAUGACCUGCCAGGGAAAAAA